AUGAAUGAACAAUCAAGAAAAUCGAAGCAAAAAUGCCACCCAAGUCAAUUCAAAGCUUAUGAUUUUGUGCCAAAUAAAAAAUUCGGACUCUGUUUCUUUGGAUUUUUUGCUAUCUCUUGUUCAACUUUAGGCAUAAUCCUAAUAGUCUAUUCCUCUCAGCUUGUAUCCUAUAAAAAAUCAUAUGAUUGUGGCCUUUCUAAGUGUGAUAUAACUAUUACAAUUUCUGAAAAAAUGACCUCACCUGUAUAUUUAUAUUAUGAAAUUGAAGGAUAUUACCAAAAUCACCGAAAAUAUAUGAAAUCAAGAAAUUUAGAUCAGCUUCAAGGAAAUUACAAAAAAGUUGGAGCUUUAUCUUCCUGUGAGCCCAUAGUCAAAAUGUCAGAUUUAGACUACACAAUUCCUGAUGAUCUUGCUACAGAUGAAGAAAAUGAUGAUCCUGCUAUACCAUGUGGGCUUGCAGCAGCUAGUCUAUUUAACGAUACUUUUUCUAUUGAUGGAAUAAGCAUUAAAGAGAGCGACAUAGCCUGAAAUACUGAUAAUAAAUCCAAAUAUAAAAAUUUAAAGAACUGGAAAACCAAGCAAUGGACUGAUAUGGAAAACAAGCAUUUUGCUGUAUGAAUGAGAAAUGGGGCGUCUCCGAAUUUAAAAAAAUUAUGAGGUAUAAUAGAUCAGUCACUUGAAAAAGGUGAUUAUAAAAUCACUAUUGACGAAAGUAAUAUUUAUACAGAAUUUGAUGUAUCUAACUUUGAUGGGAAUAAAUACAUUUUGCUAUCCACCUCAAACCCUUUUGGAGGAGAAAAUUACAUUCUUGGGAUUUCAUUAUUGAUUUCAGGCGGCUUAAGCACUUUUUGGGUCUUUGCCUUAAUAUUUCUCCCAAUUUGCUAUAAUAAACCAUCGAUAGAAGAAGUUUUUAUACCUAUUACAAUGAUUAUGAAAUAGAAUCUGCCCUAUUCCCUAUAGGCAAAGGCUAAUCGUUAGUAAUGUUUAUAUUUAUUAAAAAUAAUAUAAAUAA